GGUCUGAGCCAGUGCGGUCCCUUCUCCGUGUGCCUGAACACUCCGGGCAGUUUCCGCUGCGAGUGCCGCGGCGGGUACCAGCCAGCGGGCGACGGGCACGCGUGUGUGCCGCUGGCACCACCGAGUGACCCGUGCGAGGACGAGCGGCGUCCCUGCGCUCCGGCUGACCGUGCGCGGUGCCUGUCCCGCGGUGACGGCCGCGCCACCUGCGAGUGCCUCCCCGGCUACACCGGMGACGGUGUCCACUGCUCCGACGUGGAUGAGUGUGCUGAAAGCCCGUGUCACCCGGCCGCCGUCUGCUACAACAGCCCGGGCUCCUUCUCCUGCCGCUGCCAGCCCGGCUACGUGGGUGACGGCUUCCAGUGCACCUACGCAGCGGAAGGGAACCCGCAGCGGCUGACACCGUGCCAGCACGAGCGGAUGUACCCGCGGGAGGUGCCACCGGGGCCAGCACCCCUGGGUGACAGGCACRUCCCCCAGUGYGACGAGCAGGGACGCUACCGGCCCCUGCAGUGCCACGGCAGCUCCGGACACUGCUGGUGUGUGGAUGCRGCSGGGCAGGAGAUCGCCGGCACCCGGACAGCACCGGGCACGACCCCUCCRCGCUGYGGGAGCCCAGCCUGGCAGGGCUCCAUCGUGGUGGGCAUCGACUACGACUGCCGUGAGAAGAUGAUCUACUGGACCGACGUGGCCGGCCGGACCAUCAGCCGGGCAGGGCUGGAGCCGGGCUCAGAGCCAGAGACCAUCAUCAGCUCAGGGCUCAUCAGCCCCGAGGGCUUGGCCGUGGAUCACCUCCGCCGGGCCAUGUUCUGGACGGACAGCGGGCUGGACAGGAUCGAGCGUUCCCGGCUGGACGGCUCCGAGCGCCGCGUGCUCUUCGACACCGAGCUCGUCAACCCCCGCGCCAUCGCCGUGGAUCCCGUCCGAGGCAACAUUUACUGGACGGACUGGAAUCGUGAAGCUCCCAAAAUUGAAACUUCCACUGUCAACGGGGCCAACAGGAGGGUCCUGGUGCACACAGACAUUGGUUUGCCCAAUGGGCUGACUUUUGACCCCUUCUCCAAGCUGCUGUGCUGGGCAGACGCAGGUAAUGUCCCCAAGGAUGGRCCAGAGAAUGUCACAUUGAGCCUCRAGGGAAAAACUUUGAGGUUUUSKAUGUCUUCAGCCCAGUGCUACCU